GGCAGACUCUUACAUAGCUACAGUUCUCUCCUUCUGCACCACAUCUCACAUUGGCUUCCUAGACUGACAGUUCACUAGGGACAGUUCGAAAAUGGAGGCGGUCAUGGAUGCCUUUCAGGGCUAUGGGGUGAGCGCCACUAAUUACCUCCAGACCAACUAUAAGGAUGCCCAGGGUUUGUUCCUGUGGGUGUCCUGGGCUGCUGAUCUCAGGAACACCUUCUUUAUCUUCUUCCCCCUCUGGUUCCACUUGCGGGAGUCGGUGGGUAUCAAACUCAUCUGGGUGGCAGUGAUCGGAGACUGGCUCAACCUGGUCUUCAAGUGGUGAGUCCAGCUGAGCUUAUGUACUGCUUAUGAAUGUGUUAUGUAUGGUUUAUGAGUGUGUUAUGAAGUCAUUAUAUAGGUACCUUUCAAAUAAAUGCUUACUGGGAUACCAAUUUAGAACUUGAUCAAAUGUGUCUCUUCGGCUACAUCUGGACACAUUGAAAUGUAGGUGUGUGUGUGUGUGUGUGUGUGUGUGUGUGUGUGCACUGUCCCUGUCAAUUUAAUCAAAUUAAAUGCGAUAAUUAAAUUCCCUGCAUUAGUCUAAGUGGCUUGUGCUUUCCUUCCAGGAUUCUGUUUGGCGAGAGGCCGUAUUGGUGGGUCCAUGAAACACCUUACUACAGCAAUACCACUGCACCUCACAUUGAACAAUACCCCAUGACCUGUGAGACUGGCCCAGGUAAGAAGCAUCACUUUACUUCCAUUUACUUUUUCAAUAGUGCCUAAUGAUAUGAAAUAUAUAUGCUAUGAUUCAGUGAAUAUAGCCAACGCUUUAUAAUUUUUGUGAUGUCGAUAAUAUUCAUGGUUUACAAUAAUGUAGUGUAUUGUGUUGGGUUUCAUUUUACUUGAAUAAAGCGCUAUGACCAUAGACUGAAGUAUGCGUUUCUCUGGUAGGCAGUCCCUCUGGCCACGCUAUGGGAGCCGCAGGCGUCUACUAUACUCUGGUCACCUCCAUCCUAACCAUCACACUGACCAAGAAGAAGACGAGAUCUUCCACCAAGGGCCUGUAAGUUCCAGAUCAUUCAACCCCUCCUUCUCUUGUCCUCAAUUAUCUUAUUCUUUUUUUAUAAUUUUUCAUUCAGUGCUUAUCCAUUUUCUCUGUGCAGCACUGUAGUUGAUGAUUUACCAUGAAAACUAACUUUAGUUGUCGAAGGGAAGGGGAUGUGCCAAAGAUUGCAUUUUAGUUGUUUUGUUGUAAAACCAUAUCCCAAUUGAUAAGGGAAAUUGAUGAAGAAAGCAACAGUCUAUCAAAAUGAUUACAUGUGCAGUAGUAGAAGCCUACUCACCUGAAGUGUCACACACGUUUAGUGGUAUUACAUUUUACAUUUUAGUCAUUUAGCAGACGCUCUUAUCCAGAGCGACUUACAGUUAGUGAGUGCAUACAUUUUUCAUACUGGCCCCCUGUGGGAAUCGAACCCACAACCUUGGCAUUGCAAGCGCCAUGCUCUACCAACUGAGCUACAGGAGGCUAUUCAAGGUUUCUUGGACACUAUUUUAGCAGCCAGACAGAUUUCAAAACGCCUAAAGACGUAUUUGCUGACGGUUCCUCUCCCUCUCCCCCUUGUCUGGGCAGGUAUCUGCGGGGCACUCUGUGGACAUUCUUCUGGGCAGUCCAGGUGUGUGUCUGUCUCUCCAGAGUCUUCAUUGCUGCCCACUUCCCCCACCAAGUCAUCUGUGGAGUCAUCACAGGUCAGUAUAAAGCCCUUAUAACAACCCUCAUAACUAUGUGCAGAUUGUUCAACUACACAAUGCUAAUAUGACGUUAUUUGAUUUCCAGGUAUCAUGGUGGCUGAGGUCUUCUCCAGAGUGCAGUGGAUCUACGGAGCCAGUCUGAAGAAGUACUUCUACACCACCGUCUUCCUGCUCUCCUUCGCUGUGGGCUUCUACGUGCUGCUGAAAGCUCUGGGCGUAGACCUGCUGUGGACCCUGGAGAAAGCCCAGAAGUGGUGUGUGAGGCCUGAGUGGGUCCACAUGGACUCCACUCCCUUCGCCAGCCUCCUGCGCAACAUGGGCACCCUGUUUGGCCUGGGCCUGGGCGUGCAUUCACCCCUCUACACUGAGAGCAAGAAGAACAGCAGCACCCCCUACAGGGCGGGAUGUAUCGUUACCUCGCUGCUCCUGCUGCACCUCUUUGACUCCUUCAAGCCCCCUACACACACCGCCGCCCUCUUCUACCUGCUGUCUUUCUGUAAGAGCGCCACUGUCCCCCUGGCAACCGUGAGCAUCAUCCCCUACUGCGUGUCUGGAGCUUUGAGCAGCGUACAGAGCAAGAAGCAUCUGUGAGGUCGUUGACGGCUGACACACAUAGACUCAUGUAUACGGAGCUCACUCCAGAAUUGAACAGUGUUCACUGGUGCUUCAAACCUUAAUCAUUCCAUACAUUGACUUUCUUCCCAAAUAGCCGAAGAGGUCAACAAUCCAUUGUGGUCUUUGUCUACCAUACACACGUUCAUCCAGUCACUCACUGUAAAUGUUUUAUUUUCCUAUGUAUGCAUAGUGUGGACACUGAAAUGAAAGAACUAUCCAGCAUAUUACUCAGAGGCACUUAAGACCCUGUGGUUUAACUGUAUCAACAAUUCUAAUUUAAAUGUAGUUCAUUGCGAACUCAGGAGUCCAGAAAGUGAAUGUUUCCUUGCAGUUGCUUUGACUAAACCUCAUUUUGAAACAAGAUAAAGCAAACUCAAGUCCAGGAGAAUAUGAGCCCAAAAGCUCUCUCAGGGACUUUAGUGGCCUGCUUUAAAGUGUGUUCUAAGAAUAUGUUAUAUAUUACUAUGUUAAUAUUUGUUUUGUAACUGUGUUUUUCCUGUUUAAAAUAUUUUUGGAAAUUCUGUCAGAUAUUUAUAAUAAAAAUACAUCACUGACCAUGUGCUAUUUAUUUAACACUACUAACCAUACUGUUAGGUAUCAGUUCAGACACAUUCCACAUUCAGUUUAAUUGUUUCCUAUCAUUAACGACGCAAAUGACUGAUAAACUAUCAGCAAGUCCACAAAAUGCAGCAGUGGUAAAAUGACAAUCAUAUGGUUUUCAAACCCCAAAAUCAGCAGCUCACAAUAUCAGUGACAUGAGCCAAACCAUCGGUCAUCAACCCUACAGAUCCUUCAGCAACAGGAAAUGUGAAUUAUGUGGAUUAUAAUUAAAGGACGUUUGUAGGGGUUGAUACAUUU